UUGUAAAUCGGAACGGAACAUACUUUCUUCCUGUUAGCCAAGGCGAGAGAUAGAAGUUGUGGUUUAUAAAAUCAUUAUUUUUCUGAGCAUGAACAAGUAAUUAGUACAGUAUUUUAAUAAAACAUUCUUCAAGAAGCUAGUGUUACUAUUAUUGCUAAUAUUGGGGAAUUUCUACAGUUGCUAGAAACUUCAUUUCCAAGCUUGAGUGGAAUCACCAACAGUCAAUGAAUUGGCUGUAUAACUUGAGUGCUUGAAUUAGAUGAAUAGUUUGUCUGGGGCAUCCAGUUUACUACAAAAGUCUACCCAAAGAACUUGGAGCUGUGUGCUAAACUUUGCAAAUUUAAUUUGGAGUACUUUAUAUACAAGUCAAUUAACCAUGCAUGAAUCUAGAAAACGGUAUCAUUCCCAUUCUAGAUCGAGGUCAAGAUCACAUUCCAAGGAUAGAAGUUAUGAUCGUAAAAAGUUAAAAAGUCAUGUGAAUGGAAAAGAUCGUGAAGGAAAGCGUAGGAAGGUUGAUGCGUAUGAUAGUCCAUCAUACAAGAAAUCUCUUAGCAGUCAAAGGGCUCAUCGGUCAAGGCAGUAUGAAAGAGGAACUAGUGGGGAACGCAGGUACAAGAGAAGUCGCAGAAGGUCUCGUACAUCGAAGAAACAUCGUCACUACCAUGAAAAGAAAAAGCAUAAGAAAUCCAGUUCUUCAGAGCAGCAGGCAUCAAGGAUUAUAUCAGUAGAAGAUGAUGAUGAGGGGCAUCUUAUUUAUGAAGCAGGAGAUACAAUUAAAGGCAGGUACAAAAUUUUAGGUACACUUGGAGAAGGUACAUUUGGUAAGGUUGUCAAAGUAAAGGAUAUGGAAAUGGAUCAUUACAUGGCACUUAAGAUUAUCAAAAAUGUUGAAAAGUAUAGAGAAGCAGCCAAAUUGGAAAUAAGUGUUUUAGAAAAGUUGGCAGAUAAGGAUCCAAACUGUGAACACCUUUGUGUGAAAAUGUUGGACUGGUUUGAUUACCACGGACAUAUGUGCAUUGCUUUUGAAAUUUUAGGCUUGAGUGUCUUUGACUUUUUGAAGGACAAUAACUAUCAACCUUAUCCAUUAGAGCAAGUUCGAGAUAUAGGUUAUCAGUUGUGUUAUGCAGUGAAAUUUUUACAUGAUAUUAAAUUGACACAUACUGAUCUUAAGCCCGAAAAUAUUUUAUUUGUGGAUUCAAGCUAUGAUUUAGUAUACAACAAUAAAAAGAGAAAGGAUGUAAAGAAAGUUAAAAGAACUGAAGUACGUUUGAUAGAUUUUGGCAGUGCUACUUUUGAUCAUGAACAUCACAGUACAAUUGUUUCGACUCGUCAUUAUAGAGCUCCGGAAGUUAUAUUAGAAUUAGGUUGGGCACAACCUUGUGAUGUUUGGUCGAUAGGGUGUAUUUUAUUUGAGCUAUAUUUAGGUAUCACCCUUUUCCAAACUCAUGAUAAUAGAGAACAUCUUGCUAUGAUGCAAAGAAUUCUAGGAGAAAUCCCGGUUAGAAUGGCCAAAAAGACCAAGACCAAAUAUUUUUAUAGGGGCAAAUUAGAAUGGGAUGAAAAAAGCUCGGCAGGAAGAUAUGUCAGAGAUAAUUGUAAACCUUUACUCAGAUAUAAACAGCAUGAUGAUACAGAUCAUAAUGCAUUAUUUGAUUUAAUCUUUAAAAUGUUAGAGUAUGAACCCACUGAAAGAAUUUUAUUGGGUGAUGCUUUACAACAUCCAUUUUUUGAUAAAAUCCCGUCCCACCUUAAAAUACAUGAGCACAGAAGUAGUAGUUUCAGAAGAGAAAGAAGUAGUUCUACAUGAUUGUAAUUUCCUUUCAAUCAUAAUAUAUAGGUAUUCUACAUUUACAAUUUGGGAAAGCUUUUAGGUAUUUCAAUUACUUUUAUCUAAAUCAUCAUAAAAGAUGUUUAGGAAAUUAAUAUAUCGAGAGAAAUCAAAAUCUAAUAUACUCAGUAGUAUUUCUGACGAAUAAUAAACCUCUGUGACUAUCAAAUAAGUGCCCGUGUUCUUUGUUUUUAAUAAGCAUUUGUGCACAAUGGUUAAUAGAAUAUAUUAUUCUGUUUUCUGAUCUAUAGUUUUAAAAAAAAUGACCUGUAAUGAAAUAUCUUAAAAUGUGUUCCCAUUUUGUUUUGAAUAUAUUUAUUUAUUUAUAAAUAAAAAAGUCGUCGAUAAACCGCAAAGGUAAACUAUGUUAUACUAUCUUGUUUUAAGUAAAAACAAACAAUCUUUGAUUAAAACACUUUUCAUAAUAGGUUGACAUUGUUACUUUUAAAUGCUCCCAAAUGAUAAUAAUAGUCAUAACUUCAUGUAUUAAGAAAUAUUUUCAAAAUUCGUACUAAAAGUAUAUUUGGGGUAGUCUAGAAGACAUGUUUAAACCAAUUUGAAUAGAUUGUAUAUUAUUUGUAUAUCUCCUUUUUCUGACCAGUGGGAAUCUUCUAUACGUCAUUUGAAUUAAUAGUCAUAACAUUUAUGCACUGAUCUAUUUUAUGUUAUAUUAUCUAAUUAUGUUAUUCAUGUUUAUAUUUCCGUAUUUAUGAGUAAAUAUAUAAAGAAGGAAAAUAACUCGCAAAUAUCGAAUCAUUAGCUCAUCUACAAAUAUAACUGUUUUUGCUUAUUAAAGGGAAAGGCACAUUAUCAGAUGCUUUUGUAUAUUCUGUAGUCAAGAUUGUGCAAACCUAAGCUAAUAUUUAAAGAAUAUCUUCUGAGCACAAUGCAAAUUCUGAUUGGAAGUAAUGUUUAUACCUUAAAGAUUCUGUUUAAAUAGCAUAUGAGCUCAGAAAUAUUCUGGUUCAUGCUAACCCAAUAUAAGACAUAGAGAGCUAGUAUGAAAUAUUAAAUCGUAUCCUUCUCAGUGGCGGCUCGUGACCUCAGUAUGCGGGUAGGCGACACAUAUACCUUUAUUUAUACUCUAUACUCUACAUAUUAUAAAUAUACUCGUAUACCUAUAUACACAGUGUGUCGCAAUUAAGUUGAAGACACCCCUAUAUUGCGGCUAUCAAAAUAAAUACAGAUUUAAAAUUUUGCAGUCAAGCAAGUGUGAUGGUUCACAUUUUUUAAGAGUUAUAGUCAACUCAAAUUUAAAUUUCAAACGCUAUCUACUGCGAAUCUACACACAGGGCGAAUUUUCGAUAUUUUGCUUCGCGUUAGAGAUAUCGGAAAAAGUUAUUUUGAAACGUUGUUCCAAAUAUUGUUCUAACCCCACGUAACAAAUUUCAUGACAAAAUUCGCACUUUUAGUUUUUUCAGUAUUUGUAGUCAGGAUCCUAAAACAUACAAUUGGAUAUCCCGAGAUGCAGCUCGGGACAACCAUUGUCGAAGGCGCAAAAAAAUGUAGCCUAACCUAGCCCCAAAAAGUUCCCGGAAAUUCUCGUCCACUACGGCUAGACAAGCCACAGUUACAGCGCUGUGCUUAGCGUAAAGAAUGAGAGACGCAUAUCGUUAUGUUCUGUUCUUUAGGCGGAUUUGAAAAGUGCCUGACUAUAGGAUAGUGCCCUAUAGACUAUAUAGAAGUGAGUAGCACUACUACGAGGAGCGUACAAUAAGUACAACUUCGAAGAGAAAUUAAAAAGUAGCUUUUUUAUUUUAGAUACUUACGUAUUGUGUCAAAAUUUAUAAAUUACAAUUUUGAAAUAAGUAAUUUAUAUUAAUAAAUAAUUUAUUAUUGUAUUGUACAUUUGAAGAGGUUAGGCGGCGCCUACCUUGCCUACCCCGACGGGCCGCCCCUGAUCCUUCUCUUUUAUCUACUUAAAUUCGUUUAAUUGGUUUUCUUGACACUUAAUUGUCAACUCUGAUAUCCUUUGGCUGACAUCAAAAUUUUAAUGUCAUAUUUUUUCUACUCUUCAUUUUUAUAAUUGUUACAUCAUGUUCAUUUUUAUAAUUGUUACAUUAGCUUCAACUAAUGUAAGCUUAUUUAUCCUUUUUUCAUGUCAUAUUUUUUUCUACUAUUCAUUUUUAUAAUUGUUACAUUAGUUUCAACCAAAGUAAGCUUAUUGAUCUAAUGUCAUAUUUUUUUCUACUGUUAAUUUUGUAUAAGUGUUACAUUGGCUUGAACUAAAGUAAAGGUUAUUGAUCUUUUUUUAAUGUCAUAUUUUUUCUACUCUUCAUUUUUAUAAGUGUUACAUUAGCUUCAACUAAAGUAACCUUAUUGAUCUUUUUUAAACCAAUUUAUACCUUGACCCUAAUGGAUAAACAGAAAUUCGUGAAAAUUGUAUGUGAAGCUAGUUUUGAGUAUUUUUUAAUAUGUAUCUGUGAAUUUUUUGUUUUGCCAUUAAAAAUAUAAAAUGUUUUUACUUUAGCUGGUCUAGAUUUACGCAAUUAUUGUUGUUUGGUACUAUGUUUGUAGAACAUAAUAAUUUUGAUAUUUUUUUACAGCUAGGUGGUAAUACAUUGACUCAGUGUAAAAAAUUUCAUCAUUAUAUUUUAUAAAGACUGAAAUUUCAAAUUUGCGUUUUAUUUGUAUUUUGUGGAGAUUUGCUUUACUGUUAAAAUCAGAAAAUAUAAUGCCUUAGAAUACUAAUAGGAGCCAUUGACUAAACUAUAGAAGAAAAAAAAGAAUAUGUAUGUACUUUGUACGCACGUAAGAAGUUAUACUUUUAUUAUAAUAUAAUCUAACUUCAUAUUAUGAGUUCAACGAAAUCAAUAUAUCUACUUUAAACAGUUUUUUGUAUUGUAUUGAAAUAUUAAACUAAUUUUAGAAAGAACUAAAAGAAUACCAAAAAAAAUCAUGACUCUCCGAAUUUGAACAGGGGACCUCUCGAUCCGUAUGCGAAUGCUCUACCGAUGAGCUACCACCGUUCUGUAUACACACGAUCAUUUCUCGGACAUAAUUACAAUCACGGUGACAGAUAGAUUAAUUGAAAAUAAACAUUUUCAAUAAUACUUAUUACGAGGAAGACAAAUCCACAGACACAAAAAUUAUAAUAAAUAUAUUUACUAAAAACACUAAUAAUAUAUUCUUUUCACGCACACCUUAUUUGCGCUACAUAACUUAAAAUAUGUAGCGACUAAUCCAUACUGUCGGUGUGCGCAGGCGCCCAGAAAAAUAAAAAUUCACCCUGGUGCCUAAAGAAGUAUAACUUCAAAAACAAUCAGGAAAAAUAUACAAAAUAUUGAAAGCAUCAUUUAUUUUGUGUCCAAUGGAAGGGUAAUAAUAAAGAAAAAUGAAAAUGUAUGUUAUAAUAAUAAAUAUCUGUCUUAUGGCACUACAGCCCAAAUGGGUCCCAGGUCUCCCUCAAUCGAAUUUAAAUCUGAUAUGGGCUAUAUGGUGGCCAAUACAAUUUUUAAAUUGAAUCUCCUCAAGGUAAGUAUUCACUAUUCUAGCGACACAUUUGUGCAUUUGGACAAAUAUGUCAUAUCCCAUGUGGCUGGCAAAUGGCAAAACAUGUUCUAAAAUAUUUUCAAUGUACAUGCCAGCUGGCAUUCGCCCAAUCACCUCCACACUUUCGGUGUGUCCUUUCAAAGCAAUACCGCUUUAUAGCACUAUGCCGCCGCCACCACCAAAACUAACGCCCAGUAAGAAGUUACUACUGACAUACCAUUCGCCAACUCUUCUGUAGACGAAGCUUUGUCAAUCUCGCUUCCAUAUGAUAAAUGGUAUGCCAGAUAGAUGUAACCUCACACAGAGCGUUAAUUUUGGUGGUCGCGGCUAUGGAGUGGUAUUUCUUGGAAAGGACAUACCGAACUGGUGGAGUUGAUUUGGUGAAUGACAGCUGACAUGUACAUUAAAAACAUUUUAGAAGAUCAUGUUUCGCCAUUUGUCAGCCAUAUUGGAUAUGAUAGAUUCGUGCUGAUGCACGAUAACGCCGUCUUCAUGUCGCUGGAAUAGUGAGUACUUACAUUGAUGAGAUUCAAUUAAAAAUUAUAUUGGUUACCAUAUAGCGCAUAUCAGAUUUAAAUCCAAUUAAGCAUUGAUAUGACACUAUAAAGGAUAAGGCUCAAUCAUUUAAGCGUUAUCAACUCGAGCCCCAAGACUUCGUAGAAGUGUCACCUACAGUCAUAAGAGACUUUGUUAAAAAGGUUAGGCUGAAAGGACAACUUUUACCAAGCAAUGAGCCACAAUAGACCUUUUAGUGAAGGGUGAUUGUGAUUAAGCCCCCCUCCCCCAUUCACAUUGAACCUAACCUAACAAUUUAAAUUUUGUCUUAGCAAGAACACCCGGAAUUAAAAACAACCAGUAGUGACACUCUCGUCGGUGCCUUUGAAGUCUUGUUUUGUAGUUUACAUCUUGAUAUCUGUCAUCUGAGGCGAAAAGUUACAACCGGACUGGCUUAAUGAAAAAUCUUUCUUGUAAUCAGAAUUACUAAAAGCCCUAUUGUGGGGCUUAGGGUUGAAAAAUAGGUCAAAUAAAUUAUCAAAUCCUUGAAUGAUCUCAGUAGUUUCGACAGAUUCAAGAGGCAACAUAUUAAAACGAAUGUACAAGUUUAAACCAGCAGCAACUGUGCUUCUUCGCACCUGAGUUGCUAGUCAAACGUUCAAGAUUGAAAAUAUGCAGAAGCGCAGUGAGUUCUGCGACUUUUCGCCGCAAUCUGCGCGGAAAAAAUGCUUGACUUCAUCAAGGUCGCAGAUUGUCAUUACUGUUUGUUAUAUAUACUGGGGCAAGAAUUAGUAUUCUAAGGGUUUAGUAUUUUUCUGCAAUUCUCCCCUUCUUUAAUAUUUUAAUAUAAAUACUGUACUCGAAAUUUCCAAUAUAACAUGAAAAACUAAGACAAAAGGCACUAAGUCUUCAUACAAAUGUUAUAUUGAACUGAAAUGUUUUAAAUGCUAUUUUUACUUAACAAUUUUGAUAGUAUAUAGUUGAAUUUCACUGUUCUUUAUAAAUAUUUAUGUAAAUAAUCUUAUCAGUACUUAAAAAUUUCAGUCUUUUAAAUUUAGUGUUCUUUUAAAAUACUGUCAUAUUAUAGUCUAAGAGCUAGCAACGUUUUUGAAAAAGUAUUGUAAGACAGCUGAUUCUUUAAUAUAUUGUUCCCUAUGCUUCCUCGAACACCGUACAGGCCAUAUGGCUGCUGAUACAGGUUGCGUUCAUUACUGCGCAGCUCAUCUGUACAGGUAAAUACAAAAUCAGGGUGAUUGAUUAGUGUGAUAAAGCUUAGUAGAUCCGCUAUAGUAAUAGAUAGCAAUAAAAGGUAAUAACAAAAAUUGUACCAUCUUUGAGCUUCACAUUACAAAAUUAUUUAGAAUGUUACAGGGUGUUCGAUAACAUAGUGGCAGACCAAACUUUUGUUUUUUAAAAUGGAACACCCAAAUUAACGAGAGAAAUUCCAAUUAGUGAGGAUCUAAAGCAAGGCUGCUGCAUAGCACCUACACUCUUUAAAAUAUAUUUAAAUGAGGCACUCUCACUGUGGAGAAGAAAGUGCUGCAAUAUGGGCAUCCCAAUCGAUGACGAUAGAUUGUACACAAUACACUUCGCUGACGACCAAGCUAUUCUAGCUGAAGACGAGAGUGAUAUAGACUAUAUCGCCGCCGCCUACGAAAAGUAUAACUCCGAAACAUGCCGGUAAGAGUAGAACUUUCAAUGAACGCCGCGAAAAAUAUUAUUUUCGAUUAUAUGAUUGUAAAAAUUAUAAUCCCUAAUAAAGUGUUAGCGAAAAAUUUUAUUUUUUGAGGAGUAUCAGCAAAAAAAAUAAUUUCUGUUUGCGGGCCCACGAAAAUUAUAAUUACUAAAAAGUUCGCAGAAAUAAUUGUUUUCGUCGGCAGAAACAGGAACAGAAAGGGAAAUAAUUUGUUUUCGUCGGCAUCUAUUAUGAACUAAAUAUUUUCGUUAUAAAUAUUUUGGGAGUUUUAAUCUUCGUGGACACGCAUAUAAAAAAAAUUAUAUCGCCAACACUUAUCAAAGAGUUAUUAUUUUCACUGGAAAUGUAUUAGGAAUCACAUUAAUCAUAGGUACCAGCGAUAUGCUCAGAAAACUGGAAGAGGAGUACACGAAGUGGGGCUUUACAAUUAAUAUACAAAAAACCGAAUACUUAGUUGUAGGAGAAACACCAGAAAGCCUACAAAUUGAAAUGGGAACUAUAAACCCAACCGAAACUUAUAAAUACUUAGGAGUCCAAAUAACUUCAAAAGCAGGGAGUAACGACGAAAUACAUUCCAGGAUUGGCCAAGCAAGAUCAGCCACCAGACAGCGGGUUAUUAUGGAAUAAUAAAAUAACAACAGAAAAUAAAAGAAGAAUAUAUAAAUCAAUAAUAGAAAGUAUUGGGUUGUACGGCGCCGAACUCUGGGAAAUAAACCAAAGAAAUAAAUCAAAAAUUAAGGCCAUGGAAAUUAACUAUUGGAGACGAUGUUGCCGGUUCACUAGACUUGAUAGGGUGAGAAAGGAAGAUAUUAGGAGAGAAAUGGAAAUCGAUCUAGAUAUAAUAGACACAAUCGAAGCCAAAAGACUCAACUGGUACGGACACCUUCAGAGAAUGCCUGAAAGUAGAUGGCCAGAAAAAUGGACUCCACUCACAAGAAGAAAACGAGGUAGACCAAGACGAUCCUGGAGAGAAGAUGUCGAAGAUGCAAUGACCGCCAGAGAUCUAAAAACUGAAGAUUGCUUCGAUAGAAAACGCUGGAAAUUAGGAUGCAAGAAGCGGCGUCAGCUGUAGAAGAUAUUUUUUUUUAUUGUUAAAAUUUAUAAAUAUGGUUGACAUCUAAUAAAUAACUUGCUCUGAAAAAUAAAGAUAUCUUGAAAACUAACAAAUUUGGACAUAGGAAAUAUCAUACAAAAAUUAAAGUACGGUAAUGGUACUUUUCGAUAGUGAUAUAAAAUACUUUCAUUUCAUUUAAAACUCCUGAGAAAAUAAUAUACUUGCGUUUUGACUCACCCUGUAUUCGAUAUAAAGAAAAUUAGCAAUAUCAACAAUUCUUAAACAUUUUCACAAUCAACAAAAAAAUAUGGCAUCAAUAAACCAUUGCUGUUGUGCUUAUUUUUAUUUAUACAGGGAGCUGAACUUGUUACGAUUUUCAUAGAAAAUUGGUUAUAACUUUGUAAAAGUUAUAACAAACCUUAUAUUUUUUGAUGGGGAAGUUAAGAAGAUUUCGAAUAUAAAAUAAAAUAUUGGGUAUUCCAUUUAAAAAAACGUAAGUUUGGUCUGCCACUAUGUUAUCGAACACCCUGUAACAUUCUAAUUUUACUAAAACUACACUAUAAAACUAAUUUUAUAAUGUGAAGCUCAAAGGUGGCUAAAAUUUUUGUUAUUAACUUUUAUUGCUAUCUAUUACUAUAGCGGAUCUACUGAGCUUUAUCACACUAAUCAAUCACCCUGUAUAUUGAAUUUAAAAUUUUUUUGUCAUUAUUGUUCGUCUUAAAAUAAUUUUAAAUUCGAUAUAUUUACCUGUACACGUGUGCUGCGCAGUAAUGAACGCAACCUGUAUCAGUAGCCAGAUGGCCGGUACGGUGUUCGAGGAAGCAUAUGGAAUAAUAUAUUAAAGAACCAGUUGUCUUAAAAUACUUGUUUUUCCGACGUUGCUAGCUCUUGGUCCAUUAGAUAACAUACUUACGAUGUAAGCAUUAUAAAGUUUAAAAUGCUAAGGAUUAGGGAAAACUGUCUGAUUAGUGGAAAGCUGAAUCCUGGCUUGGAAUCAUCCGUAAUUAAACAUUAUUUCCCUAAUUCUCUCAGUUUUUUUAAGUUGUAUAUAGGUAUAUAUAAAUGUGUUUCUCAGAAUAUCAUUUAAAGUGACUCUAUUAAAUAUUCCACAAUAUUAAUGCACAGUCAUUUAUUUAAUAUCAUUUAUAUCUCGUGUUAUUAAAUAAUUUUGAAUACUGAGAGGUUAAGUCUUUCAAUUCCGUAUACUUUGUUUUAUUAGUUUAUCACGUAAAGGUCUUAGUCCAGGGAAAUAAGGAUUUUCUCAGGACACUGAUAUAUCCGGGUAGCUGACCACUUUUUUAGUUAUUGUAGACAUAUACGAAGAAAAUCUACCUGUUUCCGCCUAGAGUUCGUAGCCUUUUUUUAAUUAUUAACAAGUUAGUGCAAAAACGCAAUUGUUUCUAUUUAUUUGCACUCUAUUAAGAAGCUAAAUAGUUGACAGUUUUUAGAAAUAAAUAAUUUUUUAGAACAUUGAAAAUCCUUCAAAAUGCCGAUUUUUGAAAGUUAAGUCAAUUUGUUGCUUCGCAAACUGCAAAGUGAAAAUCGUUAUUUGUUAAUGACUCUAAAACUAACUUAAAACUUGUGUUUCGCCCAAGUUUGGUUAUUUUGGUAGGUACUUAACACACCCUCAAAAUUUGAGACCGGUCCAUUAAUUAAUUUAAAAUAUAUUCUAUUUGUUUGAAAGUAAAAGUGUGAUACUAUCAAAAUGUAUUAAAAAAGAUAAAGAAAUUAUUUCAUAUAGUCAAAAAUUCUAAUGCCAAAUUUUUCAAAUUGUGUAGUUUAUGAACAUUUAGAAUAACGUUAAAAAUAUCCGUAGACAAUUUUUUUAUACAUUCGAAAAGCUACUAUUUUAACACGAAUUUUCAAAUAAAAAAAUUUGGGCCAAAGUUAGCCAUGUGUUUUUUUUUUUAAUUCACAGCUAAUUUGUUUAUAAUAAUUAAGGAACCUCAUUGAUGCCAUUUUAAAGAAUGGGAUUUGUAUUUGUGGUUAAAAAUUUUUCACAAACAUUGUACCUUUACAGGACUCUCUACGAAUUUUCAAAAAUGUAGUUCAAAUGGUUUACUAGGGGAACCUACAAAUCCAUCGAGUUCAAAUAUCGAAAAAAUCAAGUUUGAUAAUAUUUUCUAUAUCUCCGGAUCUACUCAAUGGAUUUUGAUUUUCCUUUUGUUAAAUCGUAUGUAGUUUCUACGUACAUUACAAAUAUGCAAUUUGUUUAUAAAUGUAUUAAUAAAUAAACAGUCAUUUGUUCAGUUUUUGAAAAAAUAAUUUUUUACCAAAAAUCUAUUUUUUAAUCAUAGUAUCAUUAAUAAUCAUAGAAAAAGUUAAAGUACACUUAAUAAAUAAAUUAUUUUGAAUAAAUAAUUAUAAAUAAAUAUUUUUAAUAAAUCUUAACUUUAUCUCCCAGAUAACACAAAGACAUCUUAAAUAUAAAGGAUAACUUACUAAAGAUGUUUUAGACGUCUUACAGAUGUCUGGUAUUUCCGGAAAGAUAUCUUUACGACGUCUUAAAGAUGUACGGAUGUUACAAAUCCUUACAUCUUAAAUAUGUCUUUUUUGUCUAUUAUUAAUAGUUAGGAUAGCUUUCUUUUUAAUUUUUUAUGAAAUAUUUUAAAUGAACUUUUAAUAAAAAUAAUUAGGUAUUAGGGUUGAAAUAAAAAAAAAUGAGGUUUAGAAGAUUAAAAUCUGUGGAGUCUUCUAAAUAUCCCUCAAAUAAAACCAUAUCUUCAUCACAAGAUAUGGGCAAUACCACUGAAGUCACUGAUGUGAAAAAGCUUUUGUUUGGAGUUUGUCUUUUAGCUACCAGCUCUUGUCUUAAUUGUUUUACUAACCUAACCUAACUUUUAAAUUCGUAAUUAUGUAUAACCUAUUUUUAAGAAAAAAUGUCUUAAAGGUGAUCUUUAAAAGAUAUCUUAAAUUUGACGUAAAGUCUCAAGACCAUAUUUGGUUGUGAAUAAGAUAUCUUAAAGAUGACCUGUGCUGUAUGGGCUAUGGUUAAUAAAGAUAGUAUGAUUAAAAAUAUAGAUUUUUGGGAACAAAUUAUUUUUUAAAUAUUGUUUAAACAAAUUAGACUGUUUAUUAAUUAAUAAAUGUCUAGACAAAUUGCAUAUUUGUAAUGUACACAAAAAUUACAUACAAAUUAAAAAAAGAAAGAUUAAAAUCCAUUGAUAUGAGUAGAUCCCGAGAUAUAGAAACUUAUAGUAGUUUUAAGUUGUUAUUUUAAUUUUUGAACUCGUGCAUUUGUCGGCUCCCUGCUCCCCCUUCACUUACCACCAGAAGUCACAUAUUUGAACUACAUAUUAAAAAUUUGUGUAAAAUAAGCUUUUCGAAUUAUGUAAAAAAAAUUUUCUACGGAUAAUAUUUUUAAAGUUUAUUAAUGUUUAUUAUCCACAAAUUUUCAAAAAUUUGGCAUUCUGAAUUUUUGAUUAUAUUAAAUAAUUUUUUAUCUUUUUUACUACAUUUUAAUAGUAUCACUCUUCUACUUUCAUUUGGCAUACGCAGAAUUGUCCUAUCUUCAUUAUUUUCUGUCUUAUGUUAUUGCAAAACAAAGGCCUGUGGGAUAAACAAAUAGAAUAACUUUUAAACUAAUUAAUGGAUCGGUGUCAAAUUGUAAGGGUUUGUUAACCUUCAGGCGGGCGCGCCGCAGUAAUUUGCUGCGUAAACUCCAUUUUUCCAGGUAAAUUGUUAUGCUAUGCUUUUUAAAAUUCCCUUAUUGGUUAAUCCUCAGUGGGUACCCAUAAUUGUCUUGUAAAAUUCAAGUACAAUUAGUUAGUUAUCGCACUUUUUUAUGAAUACAUAUUACAUACUUCAACGUGAUAUAACCCAGUUCCUGUUCAGGAUGUUUCCAGAGUAACUAGUUUGGCAGUUACGUGGUAAUCCUGCUAAAGGUGGUAGAUUGUUACAGUGAACAAAUUAAGUCGUAUACAUCUAUGAAAUGUACGAAAUGUAGUGCAUUCACUUGUAAACGACAUACUAAAUCUAAUAUUGUAUGUACAAAUUGUAACGAUCAAAUAAAUUAAAGUUUUUUGUACAAUUUAUUAAGUUAAAUUAAUAAAGCUUUUUUAUUUUUUGACAAAAUAAAUAUCGAUACAGUUAAUCAAUAAUAAAAAAAAGUGUCGAAAAUGAUAAGGAACUACAUGGCAGCAAAUUUCUUCUGCGCGCCCGACGGUGAAUUUUUUAAGGCGCGCCCGGCCGAAGGUUAAGUACCCCAAUGCCCAACUUUAGGUGAAACACUAAAGUGCCAAGUUAGUUUUAGUAAAAGUUUUAGUAACAAAUAACAAUUUUCACUUAUUUUGCAGUUUGCGAAGCAACGAAUUGACUUUUUAACUUAAAAAAAUGGGCAUUUUGAACGUUUUUCAAUGUUAAAAAAAAAUGAAAAUCGUAGUUGUUUGUCGACUAUUUAGCUUUUUAUUGGAGUGCAAAAAGUUGAACAAAUCGCGUUUUUUGCACUAAUGUUAAUAAUUAAAAAACGGCUCCGAACUCUACGCAGGAAACAGAUAGGUUUUCAUCCUAUGGGUUUACAAUAACUAAAAAAGUUGUUAGCUACCUUGAUAUUUUAGUGUCCCAAAUAUGGUCUAUUUCUUGCUUAUUUCCUUGGAGUAUCAGUAUGAGGAAUAUGCUGAAUCAGUUUUUUACUUGAAUUUACAUCGAGUCAGAUCGCCAAGCAAAAUCAAGGACCUCUCAACAAAACAUUAAGAGAAACGAUUAAAACAAAAAUUAUGACACAUGAAUAUUUAUCAAUACAAGGUUGAAGUAACCAAGAGAACUAUUUUUAGAUUUUGUGAAAAAAUGCUGGAACAGGUUGAUUUUUAUUUCAAUGGGGCCAUUUUUUAACGAUAUAGACAUCUCUCAUUUUUCAAGCCCCUCCCUUCUAGUGCCACCCUUAAAUAGACCUGUUCUGUUAACACCUUGGCUGCGCUUAAACAUAUUUAUAAACUUACGUUGAGUGCAUUACGAGGCAUAUAUGUCCCGUAUACCCCAUUUGAAACCGUGCGUUACGACAACGUCGACGCAGCCAACUGUUAAUGUAAUACGAUCAAUUUGUCCCGUAACGCAGCCAAGGUGUUACGCCAUAUGUACAACUCUUCACAAGAAUCAUAACGAGAUUGGAUAAAAAACUAGACCUGUACCAAACCAGAGAGCAAGCAGGAUUCCUAUCAAAGUUUGGCAUCAAUGACCAACUGCAAAAGAUAAAACAAUUCAUUGAAAAAUCCAUAGAAUACAAAAGACCUCUGGUAUUAGUGUUUAUAGAUUUCCACAAAGCGUUUGACUAGGUAUAACUAGAUGUAUAAUUACAGCAUUAAAUGAAAGUGCGGCAGGGAAAUACUGUUAAAACAAUACUUCAAAACUAAGAAUAGCACAGAGAACGAUGGAGCGUUCAAUGAUAGAGUAACAGUAAAAGACAAGACCACAAACGAAGACCUACAAAACAGAACCAGAGUUACAGAUGCUUUGGACAGAUUUUUCAGAUUGAAAUAAAGAUAGGCUGGCCACAUUGCAAGGAUGGAGGUAAUGCUGAAAUAUUUGCUUCUAUACCUAUAGAAAAGGUAUAAAGUUAUAGUCGAUAGUAUCAAACCAUUGAAUAAAACCUUGAUUAUAAUCUAAUAUUUCUUCUUAAUACUAAAUGUGACAUGAUUGCAGAUCAGCCUAUUUAUAGGCGCUAGCCGCUAGACAGUUGGUGAAUACUGAUCAUUAGUAGGGUACUAUUCACAAGUAAAAAAUGUUUCGUAAGCCACUUUAAGUUUAAUAUUAUAAAAGACAUUGACUAAUUAUUCCAUUGAUCUAAAUAUUCUCUUGUGCAGUAAUAUUUUAAUACACUCUUAAUAUUUUUUUUUGUUAUCCAUACCUCAUUCGUAUAUACCACAAAUUAUGUAAGAACAUAAGAAUAUAAUAAAUUUGAGUGUAUACCUAUAUUUUU